AUCAUUUGAAGAAUGAGAAUUCGACUGUUCGUUCACAUAAAAAAGAAAUCUAGAUAGAGCUACACACUUGAGUAAUGAAUGGCAACGGACUAGAGAGUUUGUAAACAGUUUGAUUUUCUGUUCGCUAUUUCUGAUUUUGUUUUAAAAACUACAUCUAAAAAUAUCUGUAUAUUUAAAAGACUGGCUUAGUUAAAAUAAACUGGGACGAUUUUGUCACGGAGAUAAGUGGGAGCGGAAGCCUUUAGUAUUUACACGGAUAAACAUUGCGGUGACAUCACAACUGACUAUUGCUUAUAGUACUCAGAUGGAGGUAAACAGGUGCGCGGUAAUCACCGGAGGGGCCCAGGGGAUAGGGAGGGCCCUGGCAGAGGAACUGCUCAGAGAACACUACCAGGUGUGCAUAUUGGAUAUCAACAAAUCUACUGGAGAAAAAACACAAAAUGAAUUGCGGCAACAGUUUGGUGAUAAUCAAGUUUUCUUUUUUGUCUGUGAUGUGACGAAAGAGUCGGAUAUCAAGAAGACAAUCAGCCAAUGUAUCGAGUCGUUAGGUCGUAUAGAUGUUUUCGUUAACAACGCAGGGAUUGUGAACGAGUUCAACCCAGAGCUGUCCGUCGACGUGAAUUUGACUGCCAUUAUACGUUGUUGUGGAAAUGUGAUUGAGCACAUGCGCAAAGAUAAAGGCGGGAAUGGCGGUACUAUCAUCAAUGUUAGCUCAGUUGCAGGUCUGGUCGCAAUUCCAUUUUUGCCGAUUUAUUGUGCAACAAAAAGUGCUAUUAUAUCCUAUACAAAGGCAUUGGCUAGUCAAUCGGAGAUAGCUGGCCAUGGCGUUGUCCUCUGCAGUAUAUGUCCUGGAUUCACCGAUACGUCCUUCGUUCAGAAUCUUGAAGACAAACUAGUAGAUGCCAAGGCAGCAUAUCAAAUGAUAGAAGAACACGGCUUGCUCAAGGUGCAAACUGUCGUGGAAGGCACAAUGAAACUUAUAACGGACCAGAAAAAUGGAAGCAUUUUGAAAGUGUCUGCAACUGGAACUGCUUACAUGCCAGCGUAACUGUAGCUGAAUAACUGACUAUGUCUUGUUGGCAUCCAUUUAAAAUAUUGUAUAUUGUGAUAACAGUCAUCAUAGUAUUUAUAUCAUGAAUGACCACUACAUAUGUAUAAUUGUGAGUGUAAAACUAUUUUCCACUUUAUUGCUUGAUCAUUUACGGAGAUAAAAAUGUACACAUCUUACUUGAAAUAAAUUAUUGUUUAUAUGCUCAAGCAUUUAA